AUGGAUAUAGAGUCUCCCGCCUCUCCGGGCAUGGAGUCACCGGCAAGUCCAACAUGUGCACCUGUUAUACCUGUCGUAGCUGAGAUUCCAGAGGAGCCUGAGCACUUGGAAGAAGAGCCCAUAGCGGAAGUGCAAAUGGGUCCACGGGCCAGUACUGGAGUGGAAUAUCAGCGCAAAGCAUAUUCGAGUGCCGAAUGGUGUGAGCGAUAUCGCAAAAUCACUGCAAUCUAUGAGGCAUUUGUCAAACUUUCAUCCAUGGGUGAUGUUACAUCAGUUUAUCGAAGGGCUGUAUGGGUAUCACUGCCAACCACUGAAUUGGUUUUGCCUGCAUCGGAUGCAUUUAUCUAUAUACCGGCUUCC